AUUGCGCUUUGUUGUUAGCCACCGACAGUGUAGUCAUGACAGCGGAAUAGCUCACCAUUUGUUUAUUGCGAGGUGUCCCAGUGAAAAUGAUGAACGUCAGAGGCCUUGCAGACCUGAAGAAGAAAAAACCCUCCAAGGGCCCGAGGGGGACGGACGCUGAUGUCCCAAAACCCGCCGGUGACUUCUUCAAAAAACCGGAGGGGCCGUCGGUGGGCCCAAGUGCUGAUGCUGCCGUUGCUGCCAAAAGGAAGGGCUCGGGCAGAGAUCCCGAGGGCAAGAAGCCCAAGACUGGGGAUGCCGGGAAGAAAGUCCCCCCGGUGAUCAUUGUUGAUGAAGGCCCUGCCUCCGGGGCGAAUGAGGACAUGCAGGUGGCGAAAGUGCCGCCGGGAGUUCAGGGGCCAUCUUCCGAGGUCCUCAUGGUUUCCCUCCCGGCUGGUACGGCCGUGAUGAACGGUACGGCCGACCUGAGGGCGCUUCUGAGAGGCAUCACCCUCGAGAUUGACAGAGUAGCCCUCGGGGCUGAUGAAGACGAAGCCCUCGAGGACAGGAUCCUUCGGUCUUCCCUCACAACCUGCAUUGCCCUCGGGGAGCAAGCCCGGCGGCUAGAGGAGUGGCGCCUUCGCAAGGCCGAGCAGGAGGCCAAGAUGCGGGAGCUCAUCCGCCAGAAUGCUGACGCUGUUCGGCAGAUGGCUGUGCUGGAGGAGAGCCUUCGGCAGAUGACCCUGCGGGCGGAGGCCGCAGAUCGGGGCAGGGCAGAGGCUGAGAGGUCCGCAGCUGAGGCCUUGGAGGGAGCUGUCAAGGAGGCUGAGGCCGUGAAGGUGGAAGCCGUCGAGAGAGCCCG